AUGGUGAGCCGUGCCGUCCGUCGGCUCCGCCUCCAAAACCGCGACCUAGGCCGGCGCCUGCGCCCAGGCCCCCCGAGGCCUGCACUACCAUCAGGGGCUUACAGAGCUUCGGGUGGAAGGACAUCCGGUCCAAGGCCUUUUGGAAGUCGGUCGUCUGUUGGGAGCCAUGGUUCUGGUGUUAGAGCAGGAGGUGCAAGAGGGAUGGGGGCCAACCAUAGAGGUGGGAUCCACAGUAGAGGAGGGGGACCGGGGGCUCAGAGAGACAGAGGAGGCCCGGGGCCUCGAGGUGCUGUAGGCGCUCCAGGUGCCAGGGGAACACAGAGGAGCAGCAGUCCAGGGCAUACAAUGUCUACUCAGUCUCAACCCUUACAAUCUCAAGAUGAUCUCCAGUCUGGUUCUCAGCAACCUCUACCUGCCGUCUCCAGUGCCCCUAGCUCCACUAGUCAGCCCGGUGCCCCGGGUCCAACUUCAAGUGGCAGUGAUGUUUCUGGUCAACAGUCUGGCACCUCUCAAGAUGCUGCACGUACUCAGCCUCCAAGUGCUCCACGUCCAGGCUCUGGGUCACCUGGUGUCCACGGGACUGGGCAACCCAGUGGUGACAAUGGUAGUCAACAAGUUAAUAAAGACACCGAUCAAACUCCAAGCGGCGUCACUACUGCGCCCGUUACCACGGCGGCUGGUGGAGGUGGGGGAAGGUCUCCACAGGAUCCACCUAAUAAUAUUAAUAAGUGUAGUGACGGUGUAUCUAUCAACCUCGGUGGCAGUGAGUUCUGCCAGCGAAAACCUAAGAUGCCUUAUCGUCCUCUGCCUGCCGACUUGUUUACAAAACUUAAUGAUAUAGGUCCGCGUAACUAUUCACCGAAGCCCCCUAUAAAACGAAUUACUUCCCCAGCGCCGAGUCCUCGCAGGCUUCCAAGUCAGCCCAGCCACCCUGCUCCCGUUCCUCCCCGUCAGCUCACCGGUGGCCGGGGUGGUCAAGGGCGUCCUCCCGUUGAUCCACGGGGGAGGGAUGCCGGGGAGGGGGAUAAGGCAUAUGUUCUCACUAUGCCGAUGCCCGAAGUCACUGGAAAAUCACUUGUGAAUAAAACAAGUGAGAAAAAGGAGAGGCUCCACAGGAAACAACGUAAAACUGUUGCGGAACAGAAAAUGGCUGAGGUUCAGAAAAACAUAUAUGAACGGCAUAACCGGCAUAGUUUAUUGAACGGGAGCCCCGCAGCAAAUGCCCAAGGCCUCCCUGGUGCCAUGGCUCCGCAAGUAUUCACAUUCGCCGGUUACCCUUUGGAAACUAUAAAGGAAAAACAUUCUGGACGAUAUGAUCCAACCCCGCCGAGGAAAGCGCCGACCAAGGCGAAACACGGAUACCCAACGGGCAUUGUAGUACCCAAAAGUAAUUUCUCUCCGGUGAUCCGCAGUGAUGUACAAGGCGUAGUUUUGCCGCAGAUUCCCGGAAGUAAAACGCAAAGUCCGCAGCACAAAUUUAAACAAGCAGACAAGCCAAUCGUUGUUGAGACGUUACACGGUCAUCCUCACGCUACUAUGAUGGACGUCUCCAUCACAGAUCUGACGAAGCCCACUGGAAACGACAUCCCAGUCCCCGAACCGCAGAAGAUGGACAUUCCAGUACCGCCAUCUCUCGCUGAAGGAUCUGUAAUCCCAGAUCCUAAUCUGCUAAAAUCUGGUUCCUCUAUUCCUAGUGCCACGUUGGACACUCCACUGCCGCCCGUGCACAUCGAAGUCAACAAACUCACCACGCCCGAAGGUGUUCUGAAAUCUGACAUAACUCAGGCCCCUUCACUGCCUACAGUUCAUUUCAUCGAUGCUGCCCUUCCAAAUAAUGCGUACCAGGAAAUGGAUUCCAGUGAUCCCUCAGUCUGGGGAAAUUUCAAGAACUAUGGUUUUGAUAUCUUUCCUGAGACCGGCGUGUGUCGCAACCCCUGGUACGUCGCCGAUGCCUCCACCACUACCAUAACUCCAACCCCCUCCCCUCCCCCGGGCUCCGACCAACUGCCCCCUCCCAACACCAUCCGGGAAAUGCUCCACUGGCUGGUGGGCUUUAGUCAAUAUGGGCAUAUUCCUUUCAUUGCGGACCAUCUUAAGGACAUUUUGAAGGAGUUUAACAAGGAUGCCUCACAGCUCUCAGAUGCCCUCGAGGUCACUGGGGAUCCCACUCAACUGACCGCUUCCCAUGUCUCCAACACUCUGACACAGGCGUGUCUCUAUGCUGCCACCGUUCUCCACAAGAUGAAGUAUAAGAACUCCAAGGAUGCUCCAACAACUCUAAACUUCAAAUCAGUAUAUUGUCAUCUUCGUUAUUCCACCGACCCCGCCUGCCUCCUCUGCCAGCUGCGGGACUACGCCUACGCCUGCUAUCACCAGCUGGCGUUCCUAAAGUCGCAGUGUUCUCGGACCACCAAGGACGGUGGUUGGCAGGAUUGUAAGUACGGCAGUGACAUCAAGAUGCCGUCCCCCCUCCAGGCCUUUCUGACUGACGCCUCGGACUCCAAGUUCGAGACGCAUCCCUUCGACCCGUGUGACAUCUGUCUCAAGAGCCGUGUCAACAUGGGAUUCACAAAAGAGGAUUUGCCUGCAUCUCACCAAACUGGCAAACAUCUCCACACCAUCCUCAGUCCCACCUGCGGCGGCGAGGAUCCCUUGCUCACACUGUCCUCCCAGCUCAACUGCAUCACCAGACGGACGCCGCGCACCGCCGGGGAGAUUGUCUCGUUCUUCCAUAAUUUCGGGAAUGAGCUGCAUUCAUCAUCUUCACAGUUGUCCAGGCUGGGUACAUCCUUAACCGAUCAGCAUAACGACUGCCCGAGGUGGGAUUGUCUCAAGGAGUCCGACGCCGAUACCGUCCGGGACCUCCGCGGUUCCGACGCUUCCAACUCCAUCCACGACCACAACCACGACAAAGGCCAUCCCAAGACCCUGUCCACGCUGCUUGGCUGCGACAUCACCAAUGCGCAGUGCCCACAACUUCUUUCACCCAUCACCUACCGGGCCUACGCCCUCUACUCCCCGAGCUUCGUCCACCACUACCUCAGCUGGACUGUCUAUCUGCCCGACAGACUGUGGGACUCGCUGCUCAGGUUGCAUCAUGAUCUCGAGAAGCUUCAAUGUCACGACUCCAAGUCCGAGGCUCUCCACCAGUGUGACAAGGCGCUGCCCCUCCUCUACUCUCACGGGUUCACACCACCGGACGGGACACUGCAGUCCUCACUCACGUGUUCCAAGGUCAUCGCCAAGCUGGAGGCAGUGGUCUCCGGAAAGCCUAUCGCAAGGCUUAUGACCGCCAUGGACACAUUCCUCUAUCGCAUCCGUGCCCCCUUCCUCUACACUGUGUUCACGCUCUGGCUCAUCGCCACGCUCUACAUUCUCCACUCCCUGCUCUACCGCAUGGACGUAAUGCGCAUCCGCUCACACCUUCUCACCACCAGGGCCUCCCACCUCAUCGACGUCAAGGCUUUACUCGCCGGCAGCCGCAGGAUGCUCUCACUCUACAAGGACGUCGAUUACUUCGACGACGACUUUCACUCGUGA